AUGGAGGAGCGCGCACGCUCCGCCUCCGUUGCCGCUCGCCGAGGACUAACUCCGGCGGCGGCGGCGGCGGCGCGGCGUCUGGAAAGCGCAGCCGGCGAUGGCUUUCUCGCGAAAGGCCCAUCGGCGGUCGCAGAGCGAUAUACCCUUUGGGUUUCUGCCCAGCAGUGCUCUUCUGCUGCUUUGCCCCCUUUGCCCAAUUCCUCAAUUGGAAGCCCUAGCCCUAACCUUAACUACCUAAUCUCGCCGAGAGAUGUGUUUGGGUCUGGGAACAGCUCGAAUCCGUUCGUGAAGCAGGAGUCUGAAUGGGAUCGAGAGGGGGAUAGUAGUGUCGAGAGGAAAUCAGAAGGGGAUGUGGCUGAUGAUCUAUUUAGUGCUUACAUGAAUCUCGAGAGCUUUGAUACUUUAAACUCAUCGGGUACUGAGGAUAGGAGAGAAGACAGCCGGGCUAGUGGUACGAAGACUAAUGGUGCUGAUAGUAGCGAGAAUGAAGCUGAGAGCAGUGUGAAUGAGAGUGGAAGUAGCUCGCAGUUGAAGAAGGAAGGGAACAAGAGAUGCGCGGUUGGGGACCCGGCACCUGUCAAUUUGACUGGUUCAAGACAUAAUAGGAGCAUUUCAAUGGAUAGUUUCAUGGGGAAGUUGAAUUUUGGGGAUGAGUCGACGAAGUUGGUUCCUUCGACUGGGCCUAAUUCGGGUCAGCAUUCACGAAGUGGGUCGAUGGAUGGGGUUACUAAUACUUUCAGCUUGGAGUUUGGAAAUGGGGAGUUCAGUGGUGCAGAGAUGAAAAAGAUUAUGGCUAAUGAGAAGCUUGCCGAGAUUGCAAUGGCUGACCCUAAGAGAGCUAAGAGGAUAUUAGCCAACCGGCAAUCAGCUGCACGUUCUAAGGAAAGGAAGAUGAGGUAUAUCUCAGAAUUGGAGCACAAGGUGCAGACAUUACAGACAGAAGCGACCACAUUAUCAGCACAACUGACUUUGUUGCAGAGAGAUUCAGCUGGACUAACUAGUCAGAACAAUGAAUUGAAGUUUCGUCUUCAAGCAAUGGAGCAACAAGCACAGCUAAGAGAUGCUCUUAAUGAAGCACUGACUGCUGAGGUUCAACGUCUAAAACUUGCGACGGGUGAAGCACAGUUAGCAAACAGCCUGAGUCAACAGAUGCAACUGAACCCUCAGAUGUUCUCAAUGCAGCAACAAAUGCAAAAACAGCUGCAGCAAGCUUCACAAACAUCUCGCUAUCAAAUGCAAUCUCAGCAGCAACAACAAAAGACCAGUGAUGUCUCUGAGCACGAUUCAAACAAAUAGUACAACCAGCAAAAGAGAUUUGAAGCGCAUCUCACCAUCUUGUUGAUAAAAUAUGUUUGCUUUAAGUAUCUAUGUAGUUUAUGUUUUAAUAUAUAUUCUUUGAAGCAUAUAUAGUUUAAUUUUUUGGGUUAAGAUGGUACUAUAGGAUGCAGGAAUUGUUGAUGUUCUUUUGUAACUGAAAAUAUUUGUUGGUGUUGGAGGACAUGGACAUUGGAUUAAUGUUAUCUAGAGAUUAAAGUUUUAGUUUGUAUGACAGUAUCCUUUCUUAUUUGA